AAACGACCAGUGUAACUGUAACUACAGGUACUCUGUACAUAAGAACUGAUGAUUCAGUAAACUUAAGCAACCUUAGCAUAUUGCCCGUUCAAUGCAGUUUAAUAAACAGGUCUUUAUUUUAUUCUAAUGCUUUUUCAAUAAGCCACUAUGAAUUCUUGGUUGUUAUUUCUUUUUGCAGCUGCGGCUAACGGAUUGAAAACGACAUCGACUGGUUCUGAAACAGACUGCAGUCCGCAACCGAUUCCGUUACAAAAUGACCAAGUAGCGCCUGGACCGCCUUUUCCAUUUCGAACGGACUUUUUAACCGAAGAAGAAUGCUUGGUGUAUGGCAAUCACCUGCAACGCAACAAUCCGUUCUGGGCAACCCGACGAUGUCACGACUCUUCCUUUAACCCGCGGUUUUUCACAUACAUUCCUGUGAAGCUUUCCGGUAGUUCCGAUGCUGUCGCUGCGACUCAAAAAAUUCGCGCCACAAGCCCUACCCGCGCUGUCACCGUGACCAUCGACAUUGGUUUGAUUGGUGCAGACCACUCGGCAGAAGAGGCGCUCCAUACGGACGUCUUUGAGCCCAUUCGACAACAAGUGGUACAGCUGUUCCGCAAAGCCUGCAACACACCCGAUGCCAUACACAAGAUUUACAACGUGGGCCUCUUGCCCAGCCUCAUCCGACUGGAACUGAAGUUUUGCUACAAUAUGACCAUUAAAAAGAGGGAUUUCGCACAUAUGCCACAACUGCGAAUUUUCGAAGCAAUAGACUCAUCGAUCGCGGAAAUCGAGGCGCAUACCUUCACCGAUCUGGUUAAUCUGCGCAGUUUGAUGCUAGAACGCGACAUUUCUUAUCAUUUGUCAGCGUACACUGACAAAACCGGGCCGAUGUCUUUUUACACCAUCCACAACGAUGCCGAUGUGGAACGCGUGCGACGACUGCACUGCGACUGCUCCUACGCAUGGCUGCGCAACUUCCACUGUAGUGGAAGUUGCGCAAAACCUAAGAAACCUAAGAAACUUCCUCAAAAGAAAGCCGUAUCUUCUCAAAGGCCGAAGCGAAGGCGAGGUGGCCAUUAUUGGGAACUUUCUCACCAGUGGGUUUGGUGUGGCCGGAGAGUUUCGUCACUACCUGAAUGUGGACUGCUCUCGGCCGUUAACAUUUGCGAAUCUUCCCAAAGUGCCUGUCGGCACCGAUGCACCGUUCGCUUACAACACGCAGUGUUUUGACUUAUCUUGUUAACUGCUUCCGCAUGCAAUAAUAUUGUCUAUACUUCCGUACGCAAUUACAAUGUUCUAUGCUUAUUGCUCGGAUUGUUGGAACACGUUUCACACCAUUUGG